ACCCGGGCAGCGCAGCGGCGGGGCGAGCGGCGGCGCGGCAACAUGGCGACGGUGCCCGUGUACUGCGUCUGCCGGCUGCCCUACGACGUUACCCGCUUCAUGAUCGAGUGCGACGCCUGCAAGGACUGGUUCCACGGCAGCUGUGUUGGGGUGGAAGAGGAGGAGGCACCAGAUAUCGACAUUUAUCACUGUCCGAACUGCGAGAAAACCCAUGGCAAGUCCACGCUCAAGAAAAAGCGGACCUGGCACAAACACGGCCCUGGGCAGAUGCCGGACAUGAAGCCAGUGCAAAAUGGCAGCCAGAUCUUCAUCAAGGAGCUGCGGAGCCGAACUUUCCCCAGUGCUGAAGAUGUGGUGUCCCGUGUGCCAGGUAGUCAGCUCACAGUGGGCUACAUGGAGGAGCAUGGCUUCACCGAGCCCAUCCUUGUCCCCAAGAAAGAUGGACUGGGACUAGCUGUCCCUGCCCCCACGUUCUAUGUGAGUGAUGUGGAGAACUAUGUGGGGCCAGAGAGAAGCGUGGAUGUGACAGAUGUCACCAAGCAGAAAGACUGCAAAAUGAAGUUGAAAGAAUUUGUGGACUAUUACUAUAGCACCAACCGCAAGCGUGUCCUCAAUGUGACCAACCUCGAGUUCUCAGACACCAGAAUGUCCAGCUUUGUAGAGCCACCUGACAUUGUGAAGAAACUGUCCUGGGUGGAAAACUACUGGCCUGAUGAUGCAUUGCUGGCCAAGCCCAAGGUGACCAAGUACUGCCUGAUCUGUGUGAAGGACAGCUACACUGACUUCCACAUAGACUCUGGGGGUGCCUCGGCCUGGUACCAUGUCCUCAAGGGAGAGAAGAUCUUCUAUCUCAUUCGGCCAGCCUCAGCCAACAUCUCCUUGUAUGAGCGCUGGCGGUCAGCCUCCAACCACAGCGAGAUGUUCUUUGCUGACCAGGUGGAUAAGUGCUACAGGUGCACUGUCAAGCAGGGGCAGACCCUCUUCAUCCCCUCAGGCUGGAUAUACGCCACACUCACCCCCGUGGACUGCCUGGCCUUCUCUGGACAUUUCCUCCACAGCCUCAGUGUGGAGAUGCAGAUGAGGGCAUAUGAGGUGGAAAGAAGGUUAAAACUAGGCAGCCUGACUCAGUUUCCCAACUUUGAAACUGCCUGCUGGUACAUGGGGAAGCACCUAUUGGAAGCAUUCAAAGGUUCUCACAAGUCUGGGAAACAGCUACCCCCACACUUAGUUCAAGGAGCUAAAAUUCUCAAUGGUGCUUUUAGGUCAUGGACGAAGAAGCAGGCUUUGGCAGAGCACGAGGACGAGCUCCCGGAGCACUUCAGGCCCUCACAGCUCAUCAAGGACCUAGCCAAAGAGAUCAGGCUCAGCGAGAACGCCUCCAAAACUGUCCGACCUGAAGUAAAUGCUGUCGCCUCCUCAGAUGAGGUCUGUGACGGGGACCGGGAGAAGGAGGAACCACCAUCUCCUAUUGAGGCUACCCCACCUCGAUCCCUCCUGGAGAAAGUGUCCAAAAAAAAGACUCCUAAGACUGUGAAGAUGCCCAAGCCAUCCAAAAUCCCCAAGCCCCCCAAACCCCCCAAGCCCCCCAAAACCCUGAAGCUCAAGGAUGGAAGCAAGAAGAAAGGGAAGAAGAACAGGGAGUCGGCCUCGCCCACCAUCCCCAACCUGGACCUGCUCGAGGCCCACACAAAGGAGGCGCUGACCAAGAUGGAGCCACCCAAGAAAGGAAAGACCCCAAAGAGUGUCCUGAGUGUUCCCAACAAGGACACAGUCCACGCACAGAAUGACGUGGAAAGGCUGGAAAUCCGAGAGCAAACUAAGAGUAAAUCAGAGGCCAAGUGGAAGUACAAGAACAGCAAACCUGACUCUUUACUGAAAAUGGAGGAGGAGCAGAGGUUGGAGAAGUCACCCCUGGCUGGGAACAAGGACAAGUUCUCCUUUUCUUUCUCCAACAGAAAACUUCUGGGCUCCAAGGCCCUCAGGCCCCCGAGCAGCCCUGGUGUGUUUGGGACCCUGCAUAGCUUCAAGGAGGACAAGGCCAAGCCCGUGCGUGACGAAUAUGAGUAUGUAUCGGAUGAUGGGGAGCUGAAGAUAGAUGAGUUUCCCAUCCGGAGGAAGAAGAGUGCCCCCAAAAGGGACUUGUCCUUCUUGUUGGACAAGAAGGAGGCGCUCCUCAUGCCCGCCGCAAAGCCAAAGCUGGACUCUGCGGUAUACAAGAGUGACGACUCCUCUGAGGAGGGCUCUUUGCACAUCGACACGGACACCAAGCCAGGCCGCAACGCCAAAGUCAAGAAGGAGAGCGGGAGCUCUGCGGCAGGCAUCCUGGACCUGCUGCAGGCCAGCGAGGAGGUCGGGGCCCUCGAGUACAACCCCAACAGCCAGCCCCCUGCCUCCCCCAGUACACAGGAAGCCAUUCAGGGAAUGCUGUCCAUGGCCAACCUACAGGCCUCUGACUCCUGCCUGCAGACCACAUGGGGCACCGGCCAGGCCAAGGGUGGUUCCCUGGCAGCCCAUGGCGCCCGGAAGAAUGGUGGUGGCAGCAAAGGCACGGGCAAGCGCCUGCUGAAGAGGACUGCCAAGAACAGUGUGGACCUGGAGGACUACGAGGAGCAGGACCACCUGGACGCCUGCUUCAAGGACUCAGACUAUGUUUACCCCUCACUGGAGUCUGACGAAGAUAACCCUGUCUUCAAGUCCCGGUCCAAGAAGAGGAAGGGCUCGGAUGAUGCCCCCUACAGCCCCACAGCCAGGGUCGGCCCAUCGGUGCCAAGACAGGACAGGCCUGUGCGUGAGGGGACCAGAGUGGCCUCCAUUGAGACUGGGCUGGCAGCUGCUGCAGCCAAGCUGUCCCAGCAGGAGGAGCAGAAAAACAGGAAGAAGAAGAACACCAAAAGGAAGCCGACUCCUACCACUGCCUCCCCCUCCAUCUCCCCCUCCACCUCCGCGUCCACCUCCACGGGUACCACCCCGGCCUCCACCACCCCGGCCUCCACCACUCCGGCCUCCACCACUCCGGCCUCCACCACCCCGGCCUCCACCACCCCGGCCUCCACCACCCCGGCCUCCACCACCCCGGCCUCCACCACCCCGGCCUCCACCAGCACAGCCAGCAGCCAGGCCUCACAGGAGGGCAGCUCACCCGAGCCCCCGCCCGAGUCCCACAGCAGUAGCCUGGCUGACCAUGAAUAUACAGCAGCCGGCACGUUCGCAGGGGCCCAGGCUGGCCGUGCCUCCCAGCCCAUGGCCCCUGGAGUCUUUCUCACACAGAGGCGGCCUUCUGCAUCAUCCCCCAACAACACUGCUGCCAAAGGAAAACGUACAAAAAAGGGCAUGGCCACCGCCAAGCAAAGGCUUGGAAAGAUCUUGAAGAUCCAUCGGAAUGGGAAACUGCUCCUCUAAGGCUUGGGAAGCCAGGAUCCUUCUGCUCUGCUCAGGACCCCCGGAGCCCCGCUACAUCAGCCCCUCCCAGGAGGGUGGCUAUGCCGCCCGGCCCAGGGAGGGCCUUGCCUCCUCCCAGCCACCUCUCCCCAACACAAGCAUCUGUCCCUUGAGCAGGUGGAGCGAGCGGAGCAUGGCCGUCCCUUGUUGUGAACACGGACAUUCUUUCUCAAGUUGCUUAGAGUGACCAGUUCCUGAAAGGGGCCCUGCCAACUUGAGUACCAUUCCAGUUUCAGGACAGCCUCCAGGCACCCCACCAGAGCCUGGUGACCUCUACAGCUCUGCCUGGGAGCAUGAGGCCUUCAAGGAAGGUGUGUGGUGAGCCACGCUCACCAGCCCGAGUCCGAGCUGGCCCCAGGCUGGCAGCCUCCAAAGGCGUAAAACAAGGCAAAGGACACAGAAAGAGAGGAUCUGUGGGGUAUCGGAUGUCCCCUCCCUCCUCUUCCUGAGUGAGUCUUUACAGCACUUGGCCAGUGAGGAGAGGUCGCCCCAGCUCCCUGACUGGCAGGUAGCAGGCUAGAUAGUGGGUGUCACACCCCAAAUGCCUGGGGACUUACGGGGUUGUCAGGACCCACAGUUAGGUUGGCGUGUUAGUGGGUGGAGGAACCACUGUGGGGUCACAGAGGAAGGGUGACAGCUCAGCCACGUCUUAGGGUCCGGGGGACCCAGGCUAAGCCACGUGGAGGGGCCCCACUCUGGAACAGCACUUCUAGGCCAAGGCACCCUGCCCUGAGUGGGCAGACAGGUGGGCAGGGCCACAGGGCUGGAGCCAGCAUGGCAGCGCUUGUCUGAGCCCCGGGGUGGCAUCAUGAGCAUGGGUCUUCCCAGGUGGCGUGUCUACCCAUCGACACUGAGGGGCUGGGUUUGUUUCUCAGGCAAUCCUGUAUUUUCAUUUUAGAUGUAUUUCCGGAAGCAUAUUUUUCAUAGAAUGUAGCGUGUAAAUAGCUUUUUAAAUGACUUUUUUUAUAAGAGCGAAAGUAUCUCUAGGAAUUUCUUUCUAUAGAGUCCUUCAUUAACCUUUAUACGAGUUUUUGCUCCCCCCUCCCCCUGGCUCUGAUGGACAGUCGGGUUCUGGCCCCACCCCCUUUUCUUUCCCUCCUUUCCUUUUGUUACUCUUCUUAUUUUCCUCUUAGGAACUAAGGUAUUGCCUGAAAAACAACGGCGCCUGCGCAGCCUUACACUCUGUCUUUCAGAGCGGAUAGUACAGAUCCCCUUCCCACACGCCCGAGGCCGCAUCUCCAGUCUCACACCAGCUCCUCGCUCUCCUUCUUGUAUGACGAGGGGUCGGGGAUGCACUUAUUUUACUAGCACCUUGUGAAGUAUUUGUGUUUCGUGAUGCUGUAAUUUAUUAAUGUUUGUAGCUUUUUAUAUUUGUACAUUUCUUAUGAGGUUUGUUUCUACACCCGUUACCUGGAUGUGUUGUCCAUGAGGAGAUGCAGCUUGGCGGAGGCCUUAUCCACUCCCACUUGACCUGUUUGGAGGGACACCGUCCCCAGGGCCCGGGGCUGGGAGAGGGGCAUCUUGCGGGCCCCAGGCUUACUCAGAACUGGUGUUUUUAAAGUUUCCUUGACCCCAUCCUUGUGAACAUUUCUAUAAUCUUAACCCGGGCAUCAAGCUGUUCUCUCUCCUUUUUAAUUUUAUUAUUAUUUUGGCGACAUGUACAUUUCUAACAAAGUUUAUCGUGGCUAUUAAAGUGUUCUAUUUCCCAGUUCAUAUUACUCUUGUAUCGAGUCCAUGAGGUCUAAGGCAGCUUAGACCAAAGUUUUAAAAAAGUAAAAAUAUUUCAGGUUUUGUACAGAA